AUGCUCAUUGCGUAUCACGUUCACAAUGUGGCUUUUCUUGAGGCUUGUUCUCUCAAGUUGAGAAUGGCUAUCGUAGAGCCGGGAACAGCCGUAGGUGCUAUUGCAACCACCAAUGUAGGCGAGUCUUUCCUGCAGUCGACUUUGAAGACGUUCCACCUUCCUGGCGUGGUGCAUACGAACAUAACACAAGGAGUACCACGAAUCAAGGAGAUAAUCAACGCUGUAAAGCAGUGA